CACACAUCUAUAUCCAUUUAUGUUAAAUUUAAACAAUAUAUAAAUAUUUUUAAAUAAAUAUUUUGUUAAUUUUAAGAGAAUGAAUAUAAUAAAAUUUGAGAAUGAAGUUCAUUACUGUGGUGGAAGACCAAUGAGUUUAUAGAAAGCUAAGAAAGGGGUAAGAAUUUUUAUUAUACUAAGGAGGGUAAAGUAAAUUGAUAUUCGAACUUUUAUAUGUCCUUCUUUAACCUAAUUUACACCAUUCUGAACAGUACAAUUAAGUUCUUCUUUUAAUUCAUUCAACUAGAAUAGAAAUUAAUUUAAACCUCGGAAUAACAAAAUGUCUAAUGAGCCUCAAGUGAUACCUAGUAUUAAUAAUACUAUAAAACAAAUCGAUCAUGAAGUACUAAAUAACAUAGCUAAUCUGUCUAGCUUAAACAGUGAAUCGCACAAACAAAUGGAACUGAACAACAUAAACGCUUUUAAAAGACUGCUGGAAGAUAAAAAUGACUGCUACUAUGAUAACGAUAACAAAUAUAUUGACCAAAAACACGACAAUUUGUUAGUUACAAACUACGACUACCAGUUCUUAUACCCAUGGGUUGAUUUGAUAAUCCCUAACUAUUCUAAACCAUACUGUACAAAUUUAAAAAUUAAAUACAACAAAAAAACAAAUGAAAGUUCAGGUCCUUGUAAUUACACAUUAAUGAAACACGACAAUUCCAAGAAGCAAAUGCUCUAUCUCACAGAAAAUCAGAUGUUUCUCAUAACUAAUAGCGUUUUGGAGCAGAUAAUAAAUACACCCAAAGACGUUCCUGUCAUGAUUGAUUGGGUUAAGGUUUCAAAGGAUUCUAAAUUGUCUCAAGAUGUUUGCAAAACAUUUUGGUGGAGUUUUGAUAAAACACAUAUUAAAGACCGUUUCGGUGGCUGUUUAUUUUUACAAGAUUGGAAACACUAUUUGAAGGUCGAUGAGGCUUAUUUUUCAGAAUUAAAGAAUCGGGUUCAAUAUCUGAUACGCCUUGCUAGGGAGUGUAAGGACGAACGAGAGCGGAUUCUGUGUAAUAAUCCCAACCUUGUUUAA